AAUAAGUUGAACAGGACUGGAGCCAGUAUUGACCCCUGGGAUACACUGCUAGCUACAAGCCUCCAACUAGACUUUGCACCGCUGAUCACCAUCCUCUGAGCCAUUCAGCCAGUUUUCAGUCCACUUCACUGUCUGCUCAUCUAGCCUGUACUUCAUCAGCAUGCCUAUGAGGAUGUUAUGGGAGACAGUGUCAAAAGCCUUACUGAAGUCAAGGUAGACAACAUCUGCUGCCCUCCUCUCAUCUACCAAGACUGUCAUUUCAUUGUAGAAGGCUAUCAGCCAAAAUUCAAGGCAUGAAAAAUGCUGUUCCCAAGAAUGAUAAAAGGAGACGAAAACAGCUGGCUGAUGAAGUUGCCAGACUGGAGGCAGAACUUGAACAGAAGCACACGGAGGAAUUAAAGCAGCUGAAGGAAGCUUCACUUGAGCAGAAUAAGCUAGAUUCUGUAGCUGACGGAGUUGCAAAUUUGGAGCUUGAAGGACUAGAGCAACACAUUCAGCAUCCUCGAAUAUCAAAAGCACAGAAGAGGCGGGAAAAAAAAGCUGCCUUGGAGAAAGAAAGAGAAGAAAGGAUAGCUGAAGCUGAGAUAGAGAAUUUAACAGGUGCUAGGCAUCUUGAAAGUCAGAAACUUGCCUCCCUGUUGGCAGCAAGACACUUGGAGAUUAAACAGAUCCCAUCAGAUGGCCAUUGCAUGUACAGAGCUAUUGAAGAUCAGCUCAAGGAUCACCAAAAUUCCUGGACUGUUGCAACUCUCAGGAACCAAACAGCAAAGUAUAUGCAAAGUCACUUCGAUGAUUUCCUGCCAUUUUUAACAAACCCCAGUACCGGAGACAUGUAUAGCAGAGAGGAAUUUGAAAAAUACUGUGAUGAUAUAGCAAAUACAGCUGCAUGGGGUGGUCAGCUAGAACUAAGGGCUUUGUCACACAUUUUGCAAACGCCUAUUGAAGUAGUGCAGAUGGAUUCUCCUCCCAUUACUGUUGGUGAAGAAUAUUCAGGCAAACCAAUAAUACUUGUGUAUAUGAGACAUGCCUAUGGAUUAGGAGAGCAUUACAAUUCUGUAAAACUUCUAACAGACACUGCUACAGAAAAUGGCAGCUAGCAUAAAAAGUCAUAAAUCCACAUGGAUAACAGUUGCAUCUUGAUAUGUUGGGCUCUGGACAACUCCCAAACAGACUGGAAAGUAAAACUACCUGGAAUGUAUUAAAAAUGGAAAAGGUUUGACUAUAAAUUAGAAAUAGCUCUUGAUUCUAAAAACAACAAAACAACAGUAUUUUGAACUUGUUGGUAUUAAUCAUGUUUAGAAAAUGUUCUCUAAAAUGCUGGCUGUGUAGAUGAGAACAUUUUGAUAGAACUUCAUCCCAUGACACAGUGGAAAUACUCAGCAGUAAAUAUUUUGUUUAAUUUGCAAUUCUACUGAAGAAUUAAGGUAGUCUGAGGAGUCCUACUAGUUUAUUUCUGACUGUGACUAGACUUCUGACUAGAUUUUGAUGACUGUGGAAGACUUGAGGCAUUUAAAAAAAAUUGAUACUUCUGUUCAGACUGAUGGAAUGUUCUUUGCAGUGGUUCAUUAGUCCCAUAGGCUCUAGCUUUAAUACUGUAGUACAGAUCCCCUUUGUUUGGGCAGGGAAGAGCUGAAGGCAAAUCUGGUAGUACUAUCUUACUUGGCUGAAGUAAUCACAAACAUAAUCUUAUUUUAUGGACUUUCAUCUAAGCUUUUACCAAGGUUUGAGGACUUCUCUUUUGCUUUGCAGCUGACUGUAGGAACUGAACACUUGAUGCUCUUCCUAUUGCUCUGUCUGUAGGAAGAGCAUUGCUGUUUAUGACUGUACAUCAUAGCAUUAACGUGAGUUAACUGUGCUGUUCAUCCUUCAUAAUCUUUCAUCUGUGCACUAUGAUACAAAAAGCUUAUAAACAAAAAACUCUUCAACUUCGUCAGUUCAGGUAGUGAACUCGUCUGAACAUUCUGUCUAUGGAUCUGCUGUUAUACGCACUGAAGUGCAGUGUUUCAUAAUGCUUAAAACAGCUGGUUGCGUACAGAUGUAAAAAUAACCACCUUGGUUUUUGUCAUAACUUUAAAAGCAAUCUACAGGAGAAUUAAGUUGAUCUUUAUUGCUCCUUUUGGUGUACAAAGGAGACUUGAAAGAUUUUAUUUUAUAUGGCUUGUCUCUUUGCAUUAGAAAUUUAGAUUCUUGUCUUGAAGUUACUGUAAAUACGACACCAAAAGUGGCAGCAUACUGAAACCAAAGUUGUCAUGCAGUCAGUUGCUUUUUAAUAACAGAAGUGAUUUUUUUUAAAUGCCUUAGUCAGUAACUCCAUAAUUGUCUGUAUUUUGGAGCUGAUGAAUAGAUUUGGAGAAAAGCAGUUCUUGUCAAAUUUCAACACCUCUGCCCUGAGCUGAGGAUUAAGAGCUAACAGUCUUCAUCUUAUUAUCCUUCAGUAAAGCUGGGUAGCAGUUUGGCAUUCCCAGGACUUCUAAUUUAAAAAAAAUAUGCUGUUAUUUUAAAAAAACUUUUUAAUGAAGUGUUCACUUCAUGGAUCAGACCAGAUUAUGUCUGAUAUAAAGCACUUUGAAAGAGAGGAAAAUUUAAAAGUUCAAACUAUGACAGGCACAUUUUUUUGAAUAGGCAGAAUUUGAUUAUGAACUUAUUAGAAUGAUGCCUGUCAGGAAAAUCAAGUAUUAACCAGAUCUAGAAUUUGACAUAUCCUCAUUUAUUUGAUACAGUAUAGCAAAUAUAGCUGUAUUUAUAGCAAUUUGAUGAAUCAGGUUUACUAUCUUGAUUGUAUGGAACCCUGUUUUUAAUUGCUAUCUCAGAAUUGGAUACCUUCAUAUGAAAAAUGUCUCUAUUCAUAAUACUGUUACGAAAUUCACUAAAGAAUCAUUAAAAAUACUCAGUGUUGCUUAAAAUUGGUAUGAUAGGAAAUGCACAUGCUGCUUUCUAUAGAUUCCCUGAGAAAAAGUUUCUUGGAUUUACUGGGUUUUCAUUCUUGUUUGAUUAACUGACAGAGAAAGGAUGCCGGAAUUUUGGAACACGUGCACCAACAGUUUGUCCUAUUGAAGAUGUUUACAGUUUGUGUAAAGCAAAAGAAUGUUUUAAUAUGAUGAGCAGAAGAUCCUUGCUCAUGUUGUAUGGGAUUUGCCAAAAAAUAAUAAAUUGUUUUUUGUGGCAAA